AUGCCGCAUUAUCCUAACCAGAUCGAAUACUCUGAAAAGUACAGUGAUGAUGUCUAUGAGUACAGACAUGUCCAUCUGCCCAAAUCCCUCUACAAAAAGAUGCCCAGGAACAGGCUUUUAACUGAAACUGAAUGAAGAGAGCUCGGAAUCCAACAAAGUAGAGGCUGAACUCACUAUGAAAUUCAUAGGCCAGAGCCUCAUAUCAUGCUGUUCAGAAGACCAAUAGGAACAGAUCCCCAAACAGGGCUUGUUCCACAAAAUUUUAGUUUGAGACAGCUAAGAAAUGAGUGUAAUUAA